UAUAAAGGCUGAUCUCUGAAGACGUUGUCAGUCGUAUACAAUUGCAAAUCUAAGAGAAUUUCAAAUACAUAUUUGUUUACAGAUCAUCCAGUAUCAAGAAUCCAAAUGCCAGCAGGAGCGUUCCAUUAAUGGAGUUACAGAGUGUAUGAAAAUAGGAGAGGCAAAUUUGAAUCGAGUUCGAACGUUUUCAAAGACAUUGCGUUGGUACAUCAUUUCUUCUUUCGUAAAUGGCGGAGGGUGGAGUUGUUAAAAACGACCAGGUAUGCAUGGAAGUUCUCAACAACACUGCUGAAUAUAUCGGAAAUGAUUGGAAGAAAUUAGCAAGAAUGUUGGGCGUCGAAGAAACUGCCAUAGUAAAUAUUGAUAGUGAAUACCCACAAUUGUACGAGAAAGCAUAUCAAGUGCUUCAAAGAUGGCAUAAAAAACAGGGUUAUUCUGGAGGAAAGGAAAAACUCAUUGAAGCUUUACGGGAGAUUGGGAGAAACGAUUUGGCAGUCAAGAUAGAAAUACACCCAACUACACCAUCAACUGUAUUUCCACCAAUUGGUGGUGGUGAUAGUUAUGAAACAGCAUUACAAGAGAUGAGCAGAGCACUAAAUGAUACGUACAAGGACUGUAUGGGCAGCAUUAAGAAAGAUACACAACAUGAUCACCUGGUCUACGUACUCAAAGUCUUGCAUAACAUACAAGAUAUGAACAAGACAUUGAUGUCAACAGUAAAUCCUAGACAAGCAAAUUACGUCUAUUCAUAUGAAGAAUGCCGCACAAGGGAAGUCAACAUUGAUCAGUUGAUAAACCUUAUCAUUAAUUCAUUGUUUGGAAAGGAAAGAAGCCUGAACAUGCGAUCGAGAUGCGAUAUUCCUUUAAGAUGUAAACCUGUCAUAAUCAGUUAUGAAAAGGCCAUGGAAAAAUUGGGCCGAACUCUUGCAAGUAUAUUCGAAGACAGCAAACGCAAUAUUACUGCGAACACAGGAAAUGAUUUACUCAUUUUCUUGUUCAAAGUAACGAAACAUCUCAGAGAUAUGAAUAAAAUAUUAAUGUCGACUGCUAACCCUCACCGUGGACAAGAGAACGAAUUGUAUGAGGAACGAUGCAAGAGAGAGCAAAGUAUCGAAGAGAUGAUUAAUUUGAUUAUUGAAAGCUUGUCUUUUACGCCUGGAAAUGAAGAAGCUCCAAGUUCCUCCACGUUGUAAAAUUGUCAUCAAAAGAUAGAGAUGAUUAAUUUUACUACCAGUUAAAAUGUAGGACGAAUGAAUAGCUAUAUAACUAUGAAUGUAUAUACACAAAUAUAUAGACACUGUAUUUACUUUAAUAUAGCAACAUAUGUAACAUAUUGUAAACAAUGAACUAUUUAAAUCUGACUUGUAUUCAUAGAAUGUAUUUAUACAAAUUCAACUUCUAUAUAAUUAUUUUACAAGAAGCUGAAUAAAUCGUACAUAAUUCAA